GCACAAUCCAGAUCGGCUCCUUUCGAUCUGCCCGGAGCGACAAAAAGCCGAUCCACAUCAAAUGGUCCUAGUCAGUGUUAGCUUAGCCUGCGGCCCGCCAACAUCGUCAGACAUAUUCUUCACUCAAGCAAUCCGAAGGAGUUACAUACAAACAUGAAUGCGUCUAUACUCAAAUCAAUCUUCCGUGAAAUACCAAAAAGAUUAACGCAAACGCGAGGAGUACAUUUAUGUAUGUCAAAACUCAAUCAUUGUCCAGCCCCUUUGACGCAAUUUACGGAUGAUGAACUUAUGAUGAAAGAAACUGUUGCUAAACUGGCUAAAGAGGAAAUUGCUCCACUCGUACGUAAAAUGGAAAAGGAGGGAAAAAUAGAUGAUCAUGUCUUAAAAAUACUAUUCGAGAACGGCUUAAUGGGUCUCGAAAUUCCAGUAGAUUACGGCGGUGCAGGUUGCAAUUUUAUGAGUACAAUUUUGACUGUUGAAGAAGUUGCUAAAGUCGACGGAGCGGUAGCUGCUCUCGUAGAUAUUCAUAAUACAUUAGUCAAUUCAUUUAUCAUUAAAGUUGCAUCCGAAGAUCAAAAGCAAAUUUAUUUACCUAAAUUAGCACAAAACUACGCUGGGAGUUUUUGCCUAACGGAACCUGGUUCAGGAUCGGAUGCCUUUUCUCUCAAGACCGAAGCAAAAAAGGAUGGUUCUGAUUACAUCAUUAAUGGAACAAAAAUAUGGAUAUCCAAUUCGGAUAUUGCAGGAGUUUUUUUGGUUUUUGCUAAUGCAAAUCCUUCCGCAGGAUACCGCGGUAUCACAACUUUCUUCGUGGACCGCGAUACGCCUGGUUUGACAGUUGCUAAACCUGAAGACAAAUUAGGUAUUAAAGCAUCCGGAACAUGCAUGAUACAUUUCGACAACGUUAGGGUACCUGAAAGCAAUAUCUUGGGUGAAUUUGGACAUGGAUACAAAUAUGCUGCUGGAUUCCUGAACGAGGGUAGAAUCGGAAUAGGAGCACAAAUGAUCGGAAUUGCACAAGGAUGCUUAGACGCGACUAUACCCUAUACGUUGGAAAGAAAGCAAUUUGGACAUGAUAUUUUCUCAUUCCAGUCGAUGCAACAUCAAAUAGCUCAAGUUGCAACUGAACUUGAAUGUGCCAGAUUGCUAGUUUAUAACGCAGCUAGAUUGGUAGAUGCAAAAAAGGAUGUCAUGAAGGAAGCAGCUAUGGCAAAAUUAAUCGCAUCUGAAUCUGCGCUACGUAUUACUGCAAAGUGCAUAGAUUUUAUGGGAGGUGUUGGAUUUACUACAGACUUCCCCCAAGAGAAAUAUUUUAGAGAUUCGAAAAUCGGAACUAUUUAUGAAGGCACGAGUAAUAUGCAGUUGUCUACAAUUGCGAAAUGUAUACGUAAGCAAUAUUCCUGAAAAUAAUCAGUAUAAAUUUUUUUUUAAAUGUAAUGUAUGUUUAAUCUAUCUAUAUAAAAUCGCACCAUGAUUGUCAUUUUCAAGAUAAAGCACACAUGUAUUAUUUUUUCAUUUUAAGAAUAUAUUUUUAUAUUUUUAUAUUAUAAUUCAGUUUCUUAUCGAACAGAAACACCCAAUGUUCUAAUGUAUAACUAAUGAUUCUAUACACUAAUGAUUCUAAUGAUUCCUAAACACUAAAAUUAAAAGAAAUAUAUUUAUUAGAAUGAUACAUACAAUUUCGUAUUUUUGGCAAAAAGAGAAAUGUAUAAAGAAAUGUACUGCAUAAAAUAAAUUCAGAUCUAGUAUGAUAA